AUCAGUCAUCACCCUCCCCGCUAAUAAAACUUUCAGCAGUUUUCAGUUACUUCCGUCAGAGUGGACAGUAGAAAGAGGCAUUCUCCAUGUAUGGUUCAAGCCAACUAAAAGUAAACCAACAGGUCUUAGGAAUCCUGGAAAAAUGCAAUCAUCUCAGCCAUCUAAAGCAACUCCAAUCCUUCCUCAUAACCCAGGGCCACUCCCGAACUCAGUUCUUCAUUUUCAAGCUGGUUCGCUUUUGCACACUCAAGAUUUUCAACUUCUGCCAUGCUCGCUUACUCUUCGAUCAUCUUUAUGCUCCCAAUAUUUACUUAUACACUGCUAUGAUUACUGCAUAUGCCUCUCACCCCAACCACCAUGCUUCCGCCUUUGCUCUUUACCGUCACAUGCUUUGCAAGGGUAAGCCAACUCCGAACCAUUUUAUCUACCCUCAUGUCUUAAAAUCAGCCCCUGAAGUUUUGGAGUCUCAUGGCACACAACUGGUUCAUACCCAGAUUUUUAAAUCGGGUUUUGGACAAUUCACAGUUGUUCAAACGGCUCUGGUUGAUUCGUAUGCGAGGACGGGUUCGAGCAUUGGCAUUGCAAGAGAUUUGUUUGAUGAAAUGGCUGAUAGGAAUGUUGUGUCUUGGACUGCUAUGGUUUCUGGGUAUAUGAAGGUAGGGGAUGUUGGGAAGGCUCUUUUGCUUUUCGAGGAGAUGCCUAAUAGAGAUGUUCCGUCUUGGAAUGCUGUCAUUGCAGGGUGCACACAGAAUGGAUUGUUUUCUGAGGCUAUUUCACUCUUGAGAAGGAUGGUUGUUGGGGGGAAACAAGGAGUUCAUAGGCCUAAUCAGGUUACAGUUGUGUGUAGUCUGUCAGCUUGUGGACACAAUGUGAUGUUUCAGCUCGGUAAAUCGCUCCAUGGUUAUGUUUAUAGAAACGGUGUUGGUGAUGAUUGUUUAGUAGCUAAUGCUUUGAUAGAUAUGUAUGGUAAAUGUGGGAGCCUAGAAACGGCAAGAAGGAUUUUUGAAAUGAGCUCAAAGAAAAACUUAACAUCUUGGAACUCCAUAAUCAAUUGUUUUGCACUUCACGGACAAAGUGAAAAGGCAAUUAGUCUGUUUGAGGAGAUGAUCAAGUGUGGAGCCGAGGGUGUAAGACCAGAUGCUGUUACCUUUAUCGGUCUGUUGAAUGCUUGUACACAUGGAGGAUUGGUUGAAAAAGGUCGUGCUUAUUUUGAGUUGAUGACUAGCAGUUACAACAUUGAACCUCGGAUUGAGCACUAUGGUUGUUUAAUUGAUCUUCUUGGUAGAGCAGGUCAGUUUGAAGAAGCAUUGGAAGUCAUCAAUGCUAUGAAAAUGGAGCCUGAUGAGGUCGUUUGGGGCUCAUUGCUAAAUGGGUGUAAAAUAUAUGGUCACACGGAUUUGGCAGAGUUUGCAGUAAAAAAACUGAUUGAAAUUGACCCAAACAAUGGUGGUUAUGGCGUAAUGCUGGCAAAUUUAUAUGGAGAGUUGGGAAAAUGGGAUGAGGUUCGCAAAGUAAGGAAGAAGUUGAAGGAACAGAAUUCUUACAAGAUCCCAGGUUGCAGUUGGAUCGAGGUAGAUAGCCAAGUUCAUCAAUUCUAUUCUGUUGAUAAGACUCAUCCUAGAACUGAUGAGAUAUACAAUAUCCUGGAAAGCGUGGUUGGUUUGUACUAAGCUCAUACUAGUUUGGUACCUUUGCCAGCCUUAGU